CACGACAAUACAAGCCCCCUGCUGCUUGCUUCCACAGAGGCCCAUUGGGCUGUCAGAGUAGAAGAAAGGGCCAAGUUUGAUGGCAUUUUUGAAAGCCUUUUACCAGUCAAUGGUUUACUUUCGGGAGAUAAAGUGAAGCCAGUAUUGAUGAACUCCAAACUACCUCUUGACGUCUUGGGAAGGGUGUGGGACCUCAGUGAUAUUGAUAAAGAUGGGCACCUUGACAGAGAUGAAUUUGCCGUGGCGAUGCACCUGGUCUACCGUGCCCUUGAGAAGGAACCCGUCCCCUCUCUGUUGCCCCCAUCUCUCGUUCCACCUUCCAAGCGGAAGAAAGUGCCAAUCUUUCCUGGGGCAGUGCCAGUUCUUCCAGCCAGUCCUCCCCCCAAAGACAGUUUGCGGUCCACUCCAUCACACGGCAGCGUCAACAGCCUCAACAGCACAGGAAGCUUAUCCCCCAAACACAGCCUGAAGCAAACACAGCCGUCUGCAAACUGGGUGGUGCCAUUGACUGACAAGAUUCGCUAUGAUGAAAUAUUUCUGAAGACAGAUUUGGACCUGGAUGGCUUUGUGAGCGGCCAGGAAGUGAAGGAUAUUUUCAUGCACUCGGGGCUUUCCCAGAACCUCCUAGCACACAUAUGGGCAUUGGCGGAUAUACGGCAGAUGGGAAAGCUCAACAAAGAUCAGUUUGCACUCGCCAUGUACCUCAUUCAGCAGAAGGUCAGCAAAGGCAUUGACCCACCACAGGUGCUGCUCCCAGAUAUGAUCCCUCCUUCGGAGAGGACCACUCCUGUCCAGACUCUCUCAGGCUACUUGGCCUCAGUAGGAACUGAGAUCUCGACACUCACAGAAAUGCGUCGUGUGAGUAAACGGGGCACUCUGAAGAACUCAGCCCCUCCCCAUCAAACCUCAGCCAAACAGUGUGAGUUCAUCGAUUUGGAUGACUCUCUGAUCGAACAAUUUGUGUGGGGGGUCCGCAAUGUCCGCCUCAAGCGGAGGUUGCUAGCCUGCACCGAUAUUACCUUACAGCAGGCAGUGGACGAAGCCAGAGCCACCGAGCUGUCAGAUAGUUCUACGGCUGAAAUUCAAUGGUGCCAGCAGCUGAUCGCACCCCCCCCCCCAAAGAACCUGCCUCAUCAACAAGUUGGCUUCCUUGGACGAACUCAAUGA